GCCAUUUCUCAACAAUCAAGCUUUCUUAUCUACUCUCUUCAUCUCAAGCUUCUUUGUUUAGAUCUUUUCCUCUACAGAGAUAAUGAUUUCGGAGACGGAACUACUUCACAAGUUUCAAGUUUUCAAGAUCGCCGGAAGGGAUAAAUGCGGCCGUAAAGUCCUCCAAGUCACCGGAAAAUAUUUCCCAGCGAGGAGCGUGAGCGUUGACGCCGUGACGAAGUAUCUAGAGAAGAAUAUUUUCCCGGAGAUCGAGGACCAGCCUUUCUCGGUGCUGUACCUGCACGCCGGCGUGGAGAAGAGCGAGAAUUUCCCCGGGAUUUCCGGUCUCCGAGCGAUCUACGAUUCGAUCCCGGUGGCCGUCCGGGAGAAUAUCGAGGCCGUGUACUUCGUCCAUCCGGGGCUCCAGUCCAGGCUGUUCCUGGCCACGUUCGGGCGAUUCAUCUUCGCCGGAGGAAUUCACGGGAAGAUAAAGUAUGUGAGCAGGGUGGAUUACCUGUGGGAGCAUGUAAGGAAAAAUUCCAUAACGGGCUUGUAA